AUGGAGGGUAGAGGAAUAAAAAAAGAAGAGACAGAGGCAAAGAGAGCGAAAAGAAGUUCACCAAAUAAGGUUAAACAAGAGGAAAUGAGAAAGCACGGCGACAACAUAUACACAAUGUUCACUUACACGAACGCAACCCCAAUACGGUGUAAGAACGACUUUGGUUACGCUUGCUGUUUUUGCACAGAUGUAUAUCAAGAACCUAGCCAGCUCAAAGAACACACGAUAGAAUGCCAUGGUACUGAAAUGAAGACUAGAUUCAUGGAUGGCAAACGUCUGGGCGAUUAUUUGGUCAAACUAGAUAUAACGAAACUCAGAUGUAGCAUAUGCGUAGCGGAACUAAAAACUUUGGACGAAGCUUUAACACAUCUGAAAGAGCACGACAAACCGAUGCAUUUAGAUAUAAACAACCACUUAAUGCCAUUUAACUUCGAAGGCGGCGAUCUGACAUGUGCGUACUGUAACGUAAUGUUUAACAAAUUCAAGAAACUACUCGAGCACAUGAACCGACAUUACAGAAAUUGCGUCUGUGAUAUUUGCGGCGCCGGUUUCAUCAACCGCAGCACUUUUACUGUGCACUAUCACGGUCACAGCAAGGGUUACUUCCCUUGUCAGCAGUGCCAGAAGGUUUUCGACACUAAACGGAAGCAAAGAUCACACGAAAUGGCAAUACACGUGCACGCACAUAAAACAUACAGGUGUGGAUACUGCAAUGAACAUUUCAGCACGCACUGGCGGAAGGAAAAACAUAUAGCUAGUGAGCACGGAGUGAACUUGCGUGAGAUAAAAUGCCAAGUGUGCGAUAAGGUUUGCCUGACAGCGAAUUCUUUGAGGAUACAUAUGAAGAGAGAUCAUUUGAAGGAGAGGCGUUUCGAAUGCAAAGUCUGCGAAUACAGAUUCUUCGGGGCUCAAGAGUUGAGAGAACAUACGGUCAAGCACACUGGUAUAAGAGAUUACAAAUGUGAUAUUUGUUUGAAGUCGUACGGAAAGAAAUCAACUCUGCGUGAGCACAUACGAAUCCACGCCGACGACAGACGUUUCAAAUGCGAGCACUGCCGAGGGGAAGUGAAAGUAAAAUUACCCGCAAAAGACACAAAUUCAUUCAAAGCAAUUAAAGAGGAAAGAAACAAACAUUUGGAUAACAUAACAACUAUCUUACAAAAUACGAAUGCCACACCAAUACGUUGCGAAAGAGAUUCGAGAUACGGAUGCUGUUUUUGCGCUGAGUUUUACAGAGAACCUGCUGAGCUUAAAAAGCAUAAUAUAACGAAACACCAAAGAGUUUCGGACACCAUUAUGAGGGGCAAAAAAUUGUCCGAUUACAUCGUCAAACUGGAUAUAACAGGUCUAAAAUGCAACCUUUGCACUCUUCACGUAACUGAUCUGACCGAAAUGAUGGAACAUCUUAAAAGUCAUAAAAAAACUAUCCACGUUGAUAUAGACAACCACAUCGUGCCGUUUAUUUUCGAGAACGACGAAUUGAAGUGCGCCAUUUGCAAGAUAGAUUUUAACACGUUCCGCAGAGUUUUUCUCCACAUGCACAGCCAUUACAGAAAUCACGUCUGCGAUGUUUGCGCUGCCGGAUUCAUCAAUGAGAAAUCUUUCGUCGUUCAUUACAGGAUACAUAAAAAAGGAGUUUUCCCCUGUGCGUUCUGUAAGAAAGAGUUCGACACUUACUCCAGGAAGAAAACUCACGAAUCUGGAGUGCACACCAAUAGCCUUAGGUGCAAAUGCAGCUACUGUGGUGAGAGAUUCACAAAUUCCAGCAAGAAGAUGAAGCAUAUAUCGAGCGUUCAUAACGUCCGCGUGAGAGAUGUGAAAUGUAAAAUUUGUGGUAAAGGUUGCUCCAGCAUGGAAUCGUUGAGGGUGCACACAAAACGCGACCAUUUAAUGGAGAGAAAGUACGAGUGCCAGUAUUGCAACAACAAGUACUUUCGACUGAACGAGCUGAAGAAUCAUUUGAUUACGCACACGGGCAACAAACAGUACCCAUAUAACCAGAGACAAAAAAGAAAUAAUGAAAAGAGCAAACAAACAUCAAAACACCUGGACAAUGUUACCACAAUCUUGAAGCACACAAACGCAACUCCUAUAGGAACUCACGACGAGAGUAUUGGCUACGGCUGUUAUUUCUGCGAAAACUUUUACGGAAACCCCAAAGAACUAAAAAAGCAUACCAAAUUUCUCCACUCAGCAGACUUCGAUAACGUUAUGGACGGCAAAACAUUAAGCGAUUACGUUGUCAAUCUUGAUAUAACUGGAUUGCGAUGUAAUUUAUGCAAUCUCAAAGUUUUAUACAGCACGCCAAGUUUAGAGGACAUGAUGCGACAUCUCAGAGACCACAACAAAGACGUGCAUAUGGAUAUUGAAAACCAUUUGAUGCCGUUCAACUUCAAAGGCAACGUACUGAAGUGUGUUAUCACAAAUUGUCAACAAGAAUUUAGAGAGUUCCAUAAACUUGCUGAACACAUGCAUUUCCAUUAUAGGAAUUAUGUAUGCGAGAAAUGCGCAAUUGGAUUCAUAAACGAGACUUCGUAUCGGGAACAUUUAGUUUCGCAUUCAAAACGCGAUUAUAAUCGUGAGGACAGUGAAAUAAAUAUCCAUACUGCCGACAUAAAGACAGCGGUUGAAGUAUAUUCGCGGACGCUUAAGAAUUGUGAUUAUUGCGAGAAACAAUUUAAAUUGCAGCGCAAUAAAGAACAGCAUAUGGCGAGCGUGCACGGUAGAAGGUUUCGUAAAAUCAAUUGUCAGAUAUGCUAUAAAUCUUGCUCGUCGCUGGAAGCUUUGAGAAAACAUACUAGAAAAGAUCAUAUGAAACGCAAAGCAUGGUACACAGGCUAA